AUGUGUUUUCUCCAACCGCCACUCCUGCGACAUAGUAUCCUACGCAAAACCUCAAUUGCAAUUCGUUUUCCGAGAUCUUCUUCGCGGAAUCUUAGCACGGGUAUUUUUGCAAAAAUCGUUAAUAUGUCUCCCAUCCCCCCCACCACCAACCCCAUCAUCAUCAGCGGGCCCUCGGGCGUCGGAAAAGGCACGCUCUACUCGCGACUCCUGGCCAACCACCCCUCGCUCUUCACCACCUCCAUCUCGCACACGACGCGGGCGCCGCGCCCCGGCGAACAGCGCGAUGUGGAUUAUUACUACGUGUCGAUGGAGGAGUUUGAGGCGAUGAUUGCGGCGGGGGAUUUUGUCGAGCAUGCGAAGUUUGGGGGGAAUAGGUAUGGGACUAGUAGGAAGAUGAUUGAGCAGAAGAGAGGGGAGGGGAAGAUUGUCGUGUUAGAUAUUGAGAUGGAGGGCGUAAAACAAAUCCACGCGCUCACCCCACCAUUCCCAGCACGCUACGUAUUCAUUUCUCCUCCCUCCACCGCGGAGCUCUCACCCUACCAAGUUCUCGAGAAGAGAUUGCGCGGAAGAGGUACGGAAAAGGAAGAAUCGAUUCAAAAGCGUUUGGAACAGGCAAAGCUGGAAUUGGAGUAUUCGAAGAAGGAAGGGGUCCAUGAUAAGAUUAUUGUGAAUGAUGACUUGGAGGUUGCGUACAAGGAGUUGGAGGAUUAUAUUUUUGGCAAGGGGGGAAAGGCCGCGGAUGAGAAGGAGGCGGGUGUUAGUGUUCAGGACUGAGGUGGAGUGGGUGGUGAGAGGAGAAAAUGGUGUUGUGGGGUGCCAACGGUAGUAUGAUUUGAGCGUGUGAAGAGAAGAUUUGCAUUGCGAGAAGUUUUCCUCGAAUGUGCAGAGGCCAUGAAGGGUCAUACUUAGAGAUUGUGUGGUUCUUCACAUGGGGUUGGGUGGACAUAGAAAAGACUUUUAUACCUAGACAAAAGAAUGCAUACAUUAUCAACCUC